AUGGGCAGACUCGUGCCGCGCGCCUGGACCGCGCAUGCGCCGCAGUCCCUCCUGCAGUGUUUGCCGCACGACCAUGCUGCUGCUGCUGCUGCUACUGGCCGUUGCUGGCGCAGGGCGCCGCUGCUGCUCGCCUGCCGCCGCUCGACGGGACCGUUACUGCAGCAGCGGCGAGGUGGGUUUAACAAAUUCGACGCCGUCAGCUUCGCCGGCCGCUCGCGGAACGUCGCGAACGCCUUCAACCCACUGGAGAUGAAUUUGUUCGACGACCCGAUGGGUGGCCUCACCGCCGGCCCCGCGGAGGAGCUGUCGACGACGGAGAUUGAGAACCAGGUGCGGCUGAACGUCUCCUCUUACCCUCGCUCGCUCUUCUACCUGCUGUACACGCCCUUUGUCGACGUCGUCGCGGUGGUGCUCGAGCGCGGCCUCGUGCCUGACGCGGCGUGCGCGGGCGAAGUGAUGUGCCGCUGGUUCACCGACGGCCCAGCGACGCUGCAGAACNUCGUGCCUGACGCGGCGUGCGCGGGCGAAGUGAUGUGCCGCUGGUUCACCGACGGCCCAGCGACGCUGCAGAACCCGUCGUGUGUGGUGGAGGCGAUGGGUGCCGCGACGUGGCGGAAGCUGUGCGACGGCCUCGACGCCUUCUACGCGGAUGUGGAGCCGGUGAUGCCGCUGACGGCGGCAGUGCGCAGGCACCGGCUGCCGGAGGAGCUGCUGGUGCCGUUCCUACGCCAGCUGGCGAUGGACCUGCUGGUGCCGACGCGCAAGCGGGCGGUGUUGGAGAUACUCCCGGGCCUCAUCCUCGGCCUCGCCAACGGGCGUGCCCCCGCUGCCUUGUGCUUUCCAGCCGACAGCCAGCGUGAGCGGGCAAUUGCGGCGGCGGAUCUCUUCCUCGCCGCGGGGCAGGAGACGGGCAACACGGACCUCGCGUACUUGGGCAUUCAGCUCCUCCGCGCGAAUGACAUUCCCGUGCCGUUUCUGCGGCAGAAACAACUGACAAAUGUUUUUUCAGCCGCUACACGCAUUCAGACGGACUGGCAGAUGCGCGUCANCGCGAAUGACAUUCCCGUGCCGUUUCUGCGGCAGAAACAACUGACAAAUGUUUUUUCAGCCGCUACACGCAUUCAGACGGACUGGCAGAUGCGCGUCAGCGGUCAGCUGGUGGAGGUGCUGCCCAAGUGGAUGGAUUACUACAAGAAGGUCCAUCACGACAAUGUGCUGGCAAUGAAGCGGCUCAACGAAGUAGCAGCGGCAGCAGCGGAAGGGGAGAACACGACGGUGAAAUCCGCAGCUGUCGUGGCGCAGUCACGUGAGUCGGGAGAAUGCCGCCGUGACGGUACGACGGGCGGCACAACCGCCACUGUUGUCAAUAGCAACCGCAGCAGCGGCAGUUACGACGACGACGACGACGACGACGGUGUGCACGAUUACUUCACAAGCCACCGCACCGAGAAGGCGGCCCGCCUCUCGGAUCUUGAGAGCCGCAUCGUGGAGUGCGUGCGGAAGAGAGAGGUGGAGUGGCGUGACGACGACAACCAACUCUACUCCCGCUUCAGGCGGAGGAGGCUGUCCUCCUUGGAGGAGACAGACACACAUGAAAUAGAGAAGGUGAAGCAGCAAGAAGACGUUGGGAAAGCGGAGGAGACCAAAGCGAAACAGAGGGUGAGGCAGACACGUAAGAAGGCGGUGACGCCUGAGGAAAGUGAGAGGGAUGCUAGUGCCGACGCUCCAGUUGCAGCUGGAGACACCACGAAAAGUCUGCCUGCCGAUGAGGGCAGCGAGGCGCCGAAGAAGGCGAAGGGGCGCCGUGGGAGGAAAGCAAAGACGCCUGCGCAGGCGUGGCUUGAGGAAAACAACGACAACGACAGCAGCGACAAAGGUGCUGUUGAGACCUUUCCUGCAGCAGAUCGUAGCACCUGUGAGGGCACCGGCGAGAGCGUCGACCAGGAAAAAAGCGGCGCGCAGAAAGCCAGAGGGACGCCGCACGGUGUUGGCUCGUUGCUGAGCUUCUGA